CAUCAGCCUUCCGCUGCUCCCCUUAAUUUUCGCUGUUCCUUCUUCUUUUUUCCUUUUCCAACCGUCGGCUCCUACAUUUUUGCACUGUUUCCCCCUUUUUAUUUAACCGUUCUUUCUCGGUUGUUUCUUCCAAUUUUUUUUCUCUCUCGAUCGCUCUUACUCAAAAGGCCAGAACAAUAUCUCCAUAGCCUGCUUCUUCGGCCUCAAAUUCUCCUGUGUACUUCCGUUCUAAUCAAUACCCACCAAUGAUGUUCCAUUCUUAUGCGAUCGAUCAGGACGGGGACGAGUGAGGCGUUCUUCCUCUAUUCGGUCGAUGCUCGUGAAAGGAAACGACGCGGCUUAACAGUCGGCGACUCGGCGAAUGCGGCCUGAAAAGUCAAUACCUCGUCGGGAAAGGCAACGACGCGGACAAAUUGUCGCCGACUGCAGCCUGCGAAGCCAAGAGUCUCUUGGGUUUUUUUUAUUUUCACGAGGUCUUGGCCAUUUAACAACCAGAGCCAGCAAGCCCCAAUUGAAUCUCCUCUCCUGUGGAGAAAGCUACGAAGUUAUAGCAAAAGUUGGAGAUGUGAGGGAAGAUUGGAGCUACAUAAGCUGCACUACAUAAGCUGCACUAAAUAUUGCCGCUUGAAAUGCAUCCUCAACACCCUCCAUGUAUUCCGAGAUAACUUCACCAACUCACAACAACAAUUAUAAAAUCUUUUUGCUACAGAUAACAAAGCUAUAACCAAGAACAAAAUUGCAGGUACUGAGUCACUCUAUUAGUGAAGGACAAUAUAGGCAUACCCAAGCUUUUUCUACUAGGCCAUAUGGGCAACUCAUGAGGGUACGUACGUAAAGAAGGCCUGUUUUCCAUAAAUGUCGACUCCAUGUUGCAUACUAUAUACACAUAAGUAGAGCUUGAUAAGAACAUUCAAUCCAUUGUUGUCCAAGUAGAGCUUAGAUAAGAUAUAUCCAUUGUCAUCCAGGUAGAUUUAUGCAUUGCAAAACAAGAUUUUUUGAACCUUCCCCACUAGAAAAAAGAUAUUACUAAUUAAACAGUUAUGCAGGAGGAUGAAGAACAAAGAAACACCACCAACAAGUAAAUUCCUCAGCAUCAAACUCGACAAAGCAAUCUGUCCGCCAAUCAACCCUUUGUUUUCAAGGCAGUAAAAAAAGUACAGGGGCUGGAUUUGUAGCAAGAGUCUCCCUCGCCAUUCAACAACAUUUAUCAUGAUUCUAACUCAUCUGAUUCUUCUGUAACUAAUCAAAUUCAGCAAUUCAAUCAUUUCAAUUCCAUUCUAUUUCCUACACUUCUCCACAUCCGGAAACCAAUGAGGAAAGGAAAAUCAAGUUCGAAAUAAGGAUGGGGCGUAAAGAGGGAACUGCCUGCCACUGGAGACUAUCUGGCACCGAGAGGGAACAUAGGGGUCGUUUGGAAGUUGCGAUUGUUAAAUAGAUGUAUUGUUGAGAAUGCAUGUAUAAUAUUAUACAUGUAUUGUCGAAUUUGAUGCAUUGUAGAAUACAACGUUUGGUAUGUGUGAUUGUGUAUGUCGCAUCAGCUAAAAGCUGAGACAAAACAAUCUCAACAAUCACAACUAAAAGUUGAGAUAUAACAAUCACUCAAAAUGAGUGAUAGUUUCUGUCACAUCAAAGAAACAAUCCAUGUAUUGUUUCUGCUAGAAAAACAAAAAAACGAUGCAUUGUAAACAAUACAUGCAUAAUGACAAUCUCAACAAAACAAUCGCAACUUCCAAACGACCCCAUAUAUACAUGGGCGUCGUGAUAGACCACUAUUAUUGAAUAUAUUAUGCAAAUUAGGACAUCAGUCCUACUCAAAUGCAUUCUAAGUAAUACCCGGCCAAAGGCCGGGCACCAAGCUAGUAAUUAUUUAUAUACAUCACUUAAAAAAAAGAGUCAGGGGUCUCUCUUCCAAAACCUUCUUACCACGAAUCCUCUUCAAACUAGUAUUGGGCCCGGCCCGUUGGCCGGUGGAGUACAAAACUGAUGUGUAUAUUGUUGUACUAUAUUGGCCGCUGGAGUAAAAAAUACUCGAGCAAUAUGAAUUCUUAACUUUAACCAUUUCAUCAAUAAGCAUUGGUCAUAAGAUCCAAGAUCCAUCUCUAUUACGCAUUAUGUUGAAAGGUAAUUGUCAUGAGUCUUUAUUAAUAUGAAAGUUAGCAUAACUUGAUAACUCAUGGGAAGCAAUAAGGCUAUUGCAACAUCAUAGUCACUGGCAUUUGAAAUCGCUGAUGUCCAAAAGUAACACACAGACUACCUGCUGGCAAGGAAAACUGGAAAUUUAUCUUGGAGGUGUGACAAACUCAUGGACAGUAAACUGGUGAUGUAAUCAACCAAACAGAUUCAAGCUAUUUCCAACUUCAAAGUCUAUUGUCUUUGGAAAAUGAUAAACCUACAAUCUAAAUGUUCAAAAAUUUUAAAAACCAAAAGCAUCCAGAAAUAGCCCAUACAUGAGCAACAUAAUACUAACCACAAGGUUUGCAAAUUUGGCAUAACAUACAUGCAAUGAUCAUCAUUUAUAGCAUGAUCCACCUUAUCACUCAAAGAAAUAAAACUAAACAAAUUGUUAUACUAACAAAUAUAUUGUCUUAAAUGUCAACAAAAGCAGAAUCGGACUCUAACAACGUCUUGAAAAAAUCUGAUGGAGUGCGUUGCUCAAGAAGUUUAACUUUCCCACCCUUACAACAUAAAGUGAAUUGGGGGGUAUACAAUAUACAUCUUCCCUAGUUAGCCAGGUGCUUUCACAUCUCCAAAAAAACAGCACCACGGUAUUGCCAUAACCAAUCAGGAGUGUCAAUCGAUAAUUCUUAUACUAUGGAAUAAUUGUAAUACAUAUAUAUGGAUUAAGUGCAUUCUCAUGUAUCCAAACUAACAAAAGAUAAUCAAAUCCAGAUCAGUUACCGCAUCGAUAAAUGCUUUGGGAAUUCCAAAUUUCAUUCGUUUUUCACAAAUAUAAAUCAUUCUUGUAGCUCGGUUACGCUUAGGCUGGCCUUCCAAGGAACAUCAUCUGCUGUAUAAUAAUAGAAACAGUCGAUAUGCCGCAAAUAAAGUGAGAGAAAGUUGAAAAAAUAAGCAAAUCACUCUUUCUUUCAUACAAUAAAUGGAAGAAUGGAAUGAGUUGUAAGGGAAGAGAGUGGAGGAAGCUAAGGGGUUAUUGACUACAGAACUCUUACUACCCCACUACUUGCAGAAAUUUUUUAGCACAGAUAACAACCACCACCACAUCUCCCUAAAGAGGAUCAAAGUCCAGAAGCCCUGGAAGGAAAAUCAAACAUAGAAGAUCAAAUAAAUUAUCCAUUUUUAU